AAGAGAAAUGACCCUUUUGAAUGUAAGAUUCUUUCGGCGUAGUGUCACGAUGUAUGACGCUGCAUGGACCGGGUGUUUGCUAUGUUUGCACUCCGCGGGCCCCAUCGCGUUCUUCGCAGCUUUGAAUCCCGCGGAGCCAAAUCAUGGCCUUCAAUUCACUGUUACACAAAGUCAUGAUGUCCAAAAGACAAGCCGAGUUGUCGCUGGAGGAAGACAACGCUACAGGUUCUCCUGCCUCGAAAAAGGCUCGUGUGGAGGACGGCUUCGAAGAAGGCGACCCGCGCCAUGGAGCCCUUCCGUUACGACGGGCGAGUGGCCAAGAGAGAGAGGAAGAUGAACGCAAAGGGAAUGAUAUUCUAGCCGCGGCGGACCAAGAGUGUGAGGAGCUCGAAGAAGCAGCGGCAACCAACGGUGCCGAGUCUAAUGACGAUGCCGACGAUAACAAGCCUGUUAUUGCGGCUCCGAAACGCCAGAAUGCACCCAUGGAAGGCUAUGGCGACCUUUAUCUGGAUACUAUCAAUCGUGAAAUCCUCGACUUUGACUUUGAAAAGCUCUGCUCGGUUAGCCUCUCAAAUAUUAACGUUUAUGCCUGUCUCGUGUGCGGUAAAUAUUUCCAAGGCAGGGGGCCAAAGUCGCAUGCCUACUAUCAUGCGCUCGAAGUUUCACAUCAUGUUUUCGUUAACAUGGGGACCAAGAAGGUGUAUGUCCUUCCCGAGGGAUAUGAAGUGAAUAAUAAGAGCUUGGAUGAUAUCAAAUACGUGGUGGACCCGCACUAUAGCAAGGAAGAGGUGUCGAAACUAGACAAAGAGGUCCACGAUGCGUUCGAUCUCGCAGGUAAUCGUUAUAGACCUGGCUUUGUUGGUAUGAACAACAUCAAGGCCAAUGACUACUUGAACGUAGUUGUGCAGCUUUUGGCGCACGUCUUUCCGAUACGCAAUUACUUUCUGCUACAUGAGUUUCCUGUACCUGGCACACCACAAUUAGCUUUACGGUUCAGUACGUUGGUACGGAAGCUGUGGAAUCCAAAGGCUUUCCGAUCUCAUGUAUCGCCGCAUGAGCUGUUACAGGAGAUUGCUCUUCGAUCAUCAAAGCGCUUCACACUUACCCAGCAGUCCGACCCAGUGGAUUUCAUGUCUUGGUUCUUGAACAAUCUGCAUCUUUCACUUGGAGGCUCUAGGAAACUGUCCAAGACUCCUACCAGUGUGAUCCACGCCGCAUUCCAAGGUCACCUGAAGAUUGAGAGUCAAGCAAUCACGGCUCAUUCAGAUACUCAAAACGCCCGCCUAGUAUUCACGGAAUCGGGCGAUAUAAAAAGCCAGACCAUCCCAUUCCUCAUCCUUACACUCGACCUACCACCUACUCCUCUCUUCCAAUCCGCUAAUCGGGAAUCUAUCAUUCCCCACGUCCCUCUGACAACGCUCCUAAACAAGUACAAUGGCAUCACUGCCUCGGAGAAACUGGCUCAUCGAGUCCGCCAUCGCCUCCUUCAUCCUCUGCCUCCUUACCUACUAUUCCAUAUCAAGCGAUUCAGCAAAAACAGAUUUGUAUCUGAACGGAACCCAACGAUCGUCACCUUCCCAUCGCCACGCUCUCUAGACAUGUCACCCUAUGUAGAACCAAACCCGGAUAUCUGGCCACCGGGCGAACCAAUCCUCUAUGAUCUCGUCGCCAACAUCAUCUUGGAUCCCAGUGUAGCUGUCCCUGGUGCCACCGAGGAAGCGGCGGCAGAUAAGGGUGUUAACGCAGCAGCCGGGUCAUCAUCCGCCGGUGCUGGUGCGGGCAGUGAGAAGGUUUCAUGGAUGGUCCAGCUUCAUGACAAGGCUAUGGCAGCGGAGAAUGGCCGACAACAGACUGAGCGUGCUACUGGUGAACAGCACGGACCCGAGUGGCUAGAAAUUCAGGAUUUGUUCGUCAAGAAGGCAGAAACAGAAACGUUAUUCACCAGGGAAGGGUAUCUUAUGGUCUGGGAGCGGCGAAAGAUUCCGGGCAUGAACAACCGGAAGGGGAAGAACCCAGCCAAAUAAAUGGCGGAAUGCGUUACCUAAGUGUAUCUAAUAUAUUGAGAAUGUAU